CGGAGCCCGUGCGUGAGGAACUCUCGGCACUGGCCGCGAUUUUUUGCGGGCCCCACGAGUGGGAGGUGCUGAGCCGCUCAGGUGGAGUCUCGUUCUGUUGCCUUGGCUAGAGUGUCGUGGAUCCAUCUCGUGUCACUACAGCCUCCGCCUCCCGAGUAGCUGGGAUCACAGGCGUGCGCCACCAUGCCUGGCUAAUUUAGACAGAUGGGACCGUGUUCAGAAUUCACACAAAAGCUGAAGGAUUUAUGGAUGCGGAUAUACCUCUGGAAUUGGUGUUCCAUUUGCCAGUCAAUUAUCCUUCAUGUCUGCCUGGUAUCUCGGUUAACUCUGAACGGUUGACCAGGGCCCAGUGUGUGACUGUGAAAGAGAAGUUACUUGAGCAAGCAGAGAGCCUUAUGUCGGAGCCUAUGGUUCAUGAGCUGGUUCUCUGGAUUCAGCAGAAUCUUAGGCAUAUCCUCAACCAACCAGAAACUGGCAGUGGCAAUGAAAAGUGUACUUUUUCAACAAGCACGACCAUGAAUGAUGGAUUGUGGAUAACUCUUUUGCAUUUAGAUCACAUGAGAGCAAAGACUAAAUAUGUCAAAACUGUGGAGAAGUGGGCUUCAGAUUUAAGGCUGACAGGAAGACUGAUGUUCAUGGGUAAAAUAAUACUGAUUUUACUACAGGGAGACAGAAACAACCUCAAGGAGUACCUGAUUCUUCAGAAAACCUCCAAAGUAGAUGUGGACUCAAGUGGAAAGAAAUGCAAAGAGAAAAUGAUUAGUGUGCUGUUUGAAACAAAAGUACAGACAGAACACAAAAGGUUUCUGGCAUUUGAAGUCAAAGAGUAUUCAGCGUUGGAUGAAUUACAAAAGGAAUUUGAAACUGCAGGACUUAAGAAGCUUUUCUCCGAAUUUGUACUUGCGCUGGUAAAAUGAAAUGGAAGACAGGAAUCUUUUAGUAAAAUAGCAGUGUUUUUUGUUGUUUUUGCAUUGGAUUUUGGGAGUGGUUAAUUGAAAUAGUCACCAGGGAGCAAUUUUAGUUUCUCUGAAGCAAAAUGAUAGGCAUCAUUCUAACUUCAGGAACAAAAGCCAGUUCUGUUUUAUGAAAUAUUAAACAUGAAGAAAACUUGUAUAUUCUAAUGUUUGCCAGGAAAGACUAGGUUCAGUAGAUGAGACAUUAUUUAAAAGACACAUUUAAAAAUACAGUAAAUGAGCACUUGUUUUUAUAGACAAUAUUUGUUUGGAACUAUGUAAUUUUCUGGCUAAUUUUCUUAUAACUAAAUGAUUUUUUAAAAA